GCUCCUCUCAUUCUCCCCAGCUCCCUUUCCUCUACCCAGCGUACUCUCACACCCCUCUUUUGACAAAGAAAGUGAUUCAAGUAUGGCAAAGUCCUACAGGCGGCGGAGGUCUCCCAUCGCACUCUAGGGUUUCUCUCUAAUUUCUUAAUUUCAUGGGGGUCACUGCAUGGAGGGAUUACCAAUUUCGUACAAAAGUAACUGAUUGCAAUAGCUCCUUACCAAAGAGCUACAUUGGGACUUAGUACAUAUUAUUUGAUAAAUUCUUAGACUGGAGGUUGCUCUGAAAGGUUUGGGGAUAACAAAAUAGAAUUACUUCAUAGUCCAUGAAGUUAGAAGAGAAUACAUCAACCUUCAGCUUUGAUGCCCCUGAUGCUAAAUGUUAAUCGGUGUUAUGAUGAAGUGAGGGGAGGAGCCUGAAAGAUCCUUGAUUGAGGCUGGAGAGCAGAGAGAUAUUAUGCCUGCAUGCAACGAUUCAAAAGCCAUGCAAAGGCGAGAGUUUGUGUGCUUGAAGUUGAGGAUAUGGCUAGUUGUUGAAAUUUAUUGACUUGUUUGGAGACAGACUUGAGUGUAUCUUCAUUCCCUUGUGGUGGCCAUCAAUUUGGCUUGGGGCUUAGGAAAUUGCUGAUUGUUCUUCCCUGUUGUAAGACUAGGUGUUUUUUGUAUCUAGAUGUUACAACAUGGUAACUGGGGUCAGAGGUUGCAGUGGACGACAGCAGAAUCAGUGAUGUAUCCACAACAUGUCACUGCAAGAUGCCCAGAAUAAUCAAUUAUGGAUUUUUCUGAAUAAGAAUAAGUAAAGGGUGUCAGUAAGCCCGAGAGAAAUGAGUAGAAGCAACAGAAAGCGGUCUUCUAAAUGGGAUUUGGUAGAAGGGCCUCAAUUUGAAGAUGCAAAUAUGCAGGACAACGGUUGGAUGGGAAAGGCAGGUAGGGCAUUUCAUCAUAAGGAAUCUGGACGUGACUGGCUUUCUCCGGAGACAAAUGAUCUGCACAGACCUAAGCAUGAUUUGGAUAUGCCAUCCAGGGAACCUUUGCCCGGAAGCAGAGGCUCACAUAAAAAUGAGAGUAUCAAUAAGGGAUGCAAGAGAUACAUGAAUGACUCUAUGGUGUGGGAUGGAGAUGGAAAUUGCAGCACAAGGAUGUCUCCUGGUCUUGAUGAGUGGAGAGAACAUCGCAGUCGGUCCCCAAAAAGUGGUUGGAGAAGGUCACUGAGAGGUAGGAGUAGAAGUAGAAGCAGGAGCAGGAGUAAGAGCCAGAGCUGGAGCAGGAGUAAGAGCCAGAGCUGGAGUAGGAGCCCUGAUCGUGGUUAUAGGCGGGAAUCACUUUUCCUCGACAGAAAUAGAGGCAGGCCAGGAAUUUCAGCUCAAUUGUGCAAAGAUUUUAUGACUGGGAGAUGCAGGAGAGGUAGUGAUUGCCAAAUGCUUCAUGAGGGUAAUUCCAAUUAUGAUGAUAGCUGGGAAAGUCGACACAGGAAAUGUGAUGCUUCGAGAUACUCUACCCCUCCUGAUACCACCGAGUACUAUCCAUUAAAAAGUGAAAGAUAUUCUGCGUAUUGUAGUGAUUUUGCAAAAGGGAAGUGCCGGAGGGGGGCAUCUUGCAAGUUCGAUCACCAUCGUGCUUCUGAUGGAUUCAGUAAAGGUUCUACAAAUGAGAAUACUAGAGAAAGGGAAAAUGAAAGAAGGAACAGAGAUAUUUCUACAGAGCGAGGUGCUGAGCGUGUACUGCACAGGAGUAGUGAUAUUCCUUGCAAAUUUUUUGCUGCGGGAAAUUGUCGUAAUAAAAAGAAUUGUCGGUUUUCUCAUCAUAUUCAAGCUCGUGCAAGUCCUGAAAGAAUGUCACGGGAUGGCCGGUGGGGCCCAAGUCACAGUUUAAAUGAUGCAGCCCCAGCAUGGAGUGGUCCAAAAUGGAGUGAUACCGGGACUCUGUCAGAUGCCGCGAUGUUGACUGUAGAUAACAGAAAUAUUGGUGUUCCAGAGGUAAGGUCUAGUGCUUGGUCUGUAGAUGAUAAUAGAUGGGGGUGUGAUAAGAACAAUGAGAACAAAAAUUGUGCUGACCGUAGUGUUAGUCAUGAAGCAGUUGAGAGGAAUGAGAAGGAUACAAAUCUGUGGAACGAAGGUAGUGUGGGUGCUCGUGUGGAUCUUCCUAAAUCGAGAGAUACUGAAAAAUGGCUUGGUGACAUGUCUCCUGAUUGGAAUUACACGGUGCAAUCCUCCAACCAUGUUGGGAAACAAGAGCAUAGUCGCAUUACUCAAGGUUCAGAACCUUCCACUCAGGUGCAUGGUGCUGCUUCAAUUAUUGAACCAAUGGUAGCUGAAAGAUCUGAUUUUCUGCAGAACAAGGAUGUAAGGGUAGAUGGAGUUAUAUCCGUGCCAUAUGACAAUAGGACUGCCAUUGAAGAACCUUCUAGUUUUCGUAAUAACCUAAAUGUUACUGCAAAUAUCAUGGCCCGCCAAAGCUUUGACCACAGUGGCCAGAGUUCAAGUGCUUUUCCUUUUUCAGGAUUAAGCACAAGUGGGCAAAGUAAAAAACUAAUCCCAUGCGGAGGAGUUGUAAAAAGUCCACAAGAUACACUGUCCCCAGAGAGUAAAUCUGUGACCAAGUCAGAUAUAGGGGAUGCAAAAACUUCACUAGUUGAUGGAAUUCCUCAAGUUCCAAAUUUGGUAGGUGGUAAAGAACUUACGCAACUUACCAAUCUUUCAGCUUCUCUGGCUCAGUUACUUGGAAAUCGGCAGCAACUUCCACAGAUUUAUGCUGCUUUAAAUUCUCAUAAUGCACCUCUCCUUCCCAAAUCAGAAAGAUCUACUGAGCAGCUUUUGGCAGCAGCCAUUCAGCGCGAUCCAACGGUGGUAUCUCAUAAGCCGUAUGAUCCUAUGUGUGAUAGCAUAGAACAUAGAAUUAUUAACAAUCAAAUGUGCCUUUUGCCAAAUAGUGCUGGAAACACAAGCAUUGAUAGAAAAGUAGAGAACCUGUCAAAUGUUGUAUCUCUAUCGUCUUUACCUAGUGGAGCAAAUGCAAACAAUUAUCAUCAGACUAAUAAUCCAGUGGAAGAACCUACACAUAAGGAUCACCAAUUAAGUCAGCAUGGUGCAAAGUCUGAGGUUGUCGAGGGAAAUGGUGCACUUGGGGCCGAGGAAAGCAAGAGCGUGCAGGAAGAGAAUAAUUCCCCAGAGAAUGGUCCCAUAGAGGUCAAAGGGGGCAAGAAAGUCAAGGAAGUGAAGGGGAGCCGUGCAUUUAGAUUUGCACUUGUGGAAAACGUCAAGGAGCUUUUAAAACCCUCAUGGAAAGAAGGUCAAGUCAGCAAAGAUGCUUACAAAACGAUAGUGAAGAAGGUGGUUGAUAAAGUGACCAGUACCAUGCAGGGGGCUAAUAUUCCCCAGACACAAGAGAAGAUUGACCAUUAUCUAUCAUUUUCAAAACCGAAGCUUACUAAACUUGUACAGGCAUAUGUAGAAAAAAUGCAGAAGGGUUAAGAGAGACAACUUGUGUUUGUUCGCUUCUAUUGUUUUACAAAAUUCCGCCUGAUGUUCCCGGUGUGUUUAUGCUCCGGCAGCCUUUGGAUCUCUGAGGUUUUCUUUUCUUUUUCCGGUUACAUGAAACGUCUUACUUUUUCUUUUUUUUUUACUUUUUUUUUUAUCAUUCCCUUUAUGUAUACUAUUUGGUUCAUGGAUAGUGGAACUCUAGGACUAAGAUGGGCAUAUGAGAGAUUAAUUAUUCUUCCUCUUGUGUGUAAUGUUUGUGCUUCUUUCUUUUGUUUGUUGUUUAUAUAGGCAAUUAUUAUUUUUUGGUUAAC